AAAAGAUGAAUUAUCCAGGCAUGAACGAGUGUCAAGAUAAAAAUAUUGCACCACAUGUCUUUUAACUUUACCAAACCUCUCGACUACAAUCAACCACGGGAAAUUCUACGUUGAUUAAAACCUCAAUAAUCUAACGUCCGGAAUCUUACGCGCGCUCCAUUGAGCUCUUCGUCAAGAUGAAUAGGGAUACUACCCACCUUCUUGACACGCAUAACCGCAAGAUUGCGACUAUCGUAGGACGCUUCAGCAACAUCGUUGCGGCCGCUACUGCAUCAAUUUACGAGAACCCCAACACAAUCGAGCAAGCCUCCUCAAACAGUCUGAAAAUGCAGACCGAGGCUUCUGCCUUGGUCUCCGAGAUCCAAGGUCUCCUCUCUCUCAACCGCCAGCUCAAGCUUCUCUGGAUGAGCGGCCCACUCCGCCAACCAGGCGAGGAGGACGCGCGGGAGGCCGUGAUCGAUGCGCAGGCCAACUCAGUAGUGCAGCUGUAUGACCAAGCGCUCGUGAUGCGCGACGCUGCGAUCGCCAAGAUCAUGAAGGACAAGGCCGAAGGCGGCGCGCACAGCAACGUUGACUCUUAGGCUGGACCGCGCGUGAUCCACGCGACCCCUGCCACCCCACGCGCAGCUUAGCCUUAUGCGCGACGAGUACGGCAACGGUCUCGCCUAGAUGUACGAGGUGGAGUUCUUCCACGCUAUGGAAUUUAACGGUUUACUCGGCCCUGAUGAAGUGGACAAGGACGGCCACGGUGCUGCGUAUUGAGAAUAACACCUUCUUGCCCCAAAAUCGGAAGUACGUGCGUGACCUGAGGAGAAAAAGCUGGUAGGAGUUGGUUGGACAUUUCUUGGGAGCCUCUCGAAGCCGAGGCUGAUGAGUUGGGUGUCGAUGAUACCUUCGACUAUAGUGAUUACGCAGAUGCUUAUUAUAGUGCCGAGACGACCGUUUAUUCUUCCGCGAAGGAGAUCGUGUAUCGUAACCUAGAUACCUCUUUCAGUAUUAUCCGUAUCGGUGAAGGAGAGGGAUCCGUAAUCACUAAGACCCCUACCGCCGAGGGGAGGGGGAGGAUGACAGGAUGGUGUUACCCGAUAUACGUCCUUUCGAAGCUGAUUGAUUUUCGUGGGAUUGGUCACACGUUUACGAUGCUGCGGUUGUUUGGGUUGAGAUUGGAUGGCUGACGAGAUACCUAAUGGCCUUCAAUAUCAAUGCCUACUACAUGGGUGGACUAAUCAAAGCAUUGACCUUUUACGAUGGAAAUUUGCUUUAGCUAUGAACGU